AUGUCCACAGAUGCCGUAGUCAUCGAUGUUCCACCCAACCACGCAGAGGUUACGAACUCUUCCUUUACGCAAUACUCACCUCUUCCGCAAGAUGGUGAUAGCUUUCGCCUUCUGCGUGUGCUGCCUAGUCCGAUCGCACUUUUACCAAUCCAAUGUAAACUAUAUACCACUUAUAUCUCUCGUGAGGAAGAUCAAUACAUCGCCGGAUCCUAUGUCUGGGGACCACCAGAGCCAUCAAAAACCAUAUUACUAGACGGCAAACGCUUCAAAGUACGCGAAAAUCUCUUCCACUUCCUGCGAGCCUUCCGCAAUCGACACCAAUCGCAGGUGAUAUGGAUAGAUGCGAUCUGCAUCAAUCAAGAAGAUGUCGAGGAGCGAAACCAUCAGGUUCAGGUGAUGAAGCGGAUCUACUCUAGUGCCAAAUGCGUUAAUUGUUGGCUCGGUCAUGACGCCGAUCAAAAACCUCCUGCCAGUAGGCUUGGUGUAUCCCCUGUGACUGAUCUAUGGUAUCUGCGCAGACCGAUUGAUAAGCGCUCAAGACAAUUGGAGCAAGCCGAACACUUGGUAAAAGCAGAAUACUGGACAAGAAUGUGGAUUGUGCAAGAGUUCCUCCUCGCGAAAGACCUGACAUUGUUGGUUGGAAAGCACAAGCUAUCUUACCACGCAUUCGAAGAUAUUGUGUAUUUCUGGGAACUUCGGGAUAUACCGGACUCAAUCUUCUCAAGCAAGACAUUUGAGCUGAUACAAUUUCGAUUGGGACAGGCGCGGCAUUUCGAAUUGCUGUUUGAACAGUUCGGCAUGUCGCCACGUUCGGUUCCACUAGAUGGGAUUUAG